CGAACCUCACGUUCUGCGGAGAUCUUCCCUGCACAGCUUCCAACCUCCUACACUUAGCAGAAAGACUGCCUUCAGAAUGUGACUCAGAUACAACAGGAAUUACACGGCGGAAUUGUAGUUUUCUCCUGACCGUCACAUUACGUGGCGUUUUUCGACUGGAUCGCGAAGCUCUAGCAACCGAAAUGCCUGACUGAGGCGGAAAAUACUGCGGAAACUGAAAUGGAAAAGAAAUGCUGGCAAAACCUAGCAGACUCUCAAUCAGAUAUAUUCACUUUUUCUUUGAUGUGAUAUAUCUGUGCACCUUUGGAAAGGGACGUUUUUGCUGGGUUGUGUAGGUUGGAGAUGCUGCGACAAUAGUGUGCUCGCCAUUGUUACAGGGUUCGCAGUGGAUUGACGGUGAUGAAUGGACAGCGCCGCGGCUCUUCCGCACUGAGCUAGAGCUACGCCCGCAGAGAGGCGCGGCCACGACUUCCCCAACGCUACAAAUACAAACCGAGCCCGCCACAUUCAAACAUUUCUAGCGCUGCUCGCUCGAGUUUGCAGGAUCUCGCACAAAGACCAUGGCCACUCCGCCAAAAAGAAUGUGUGUCAGUCCCACUUUCGACGACAGCUUUGAGAAGAGAGUGAGGAAGAUCUCAAUUGAAGGAAAUAUUGCUGCAGGGAAAUCUACUUUUGUUCACAUGCUGUCAAGAGCCAGUGAUGAGUGGGAAGUUGUUCCUGAACCUAUUGGAAAAUGGUGUAAUGUUCAAACAGUGGAUGAUGAAUUCCAGGAACUUACAACAUCCCAGAAGAGUGGUGGCAAUCUCCUCCAGAUGCUCUAUGACAAGCCAAGUAGAUGGGCGUACACAUUUCAAACCUAUGCUUGCCUGAGCAGGGUUCGGGCACAGCUGAAACCAUUCUCCUCCAAACUUCAAGAGGCUGAACAUCCUGUACAGUUCUUUGAAAGAUCAGUAUACAGUGACAGGUAUAUAUUUGCCUCACAUUUGUUUGAAUCUGGCAAGCUGAAUGAAACUGAAUGGGCAAUUUACCAAGAUUGGCAUGGUUGGAUACUAAACCAGUUUGGCGCUCAAAUUGAACUGGAUGCCCUGAUCUACCUCCGAGCAACCCCUGAAAAAUGUAUGGAACGCCUUCACUUGAGAGGUAGGGAGGAGGAACAGGGGAUUGAGUUGGAGUACCUAGAAAAGCUGCAUUACAAACAUGAAUGUUGGCUUUAUAACCGAACAAUGAGGCUUGACUUCGAAUACUUGAAAGACGUUCCUAUUUUGGUGCUUGAUGUCAAUGAAGAUUUUAAAGAUGAUAAGAUCAAACAAGAGGACAUUUUAGAAAAGGUGAAGACAUUCCUGCAGACUUUAUAGUACAUCAACUAGCAACAAACCUUGACCAGGUUUGCACUGACUUUUUAAAAACCUGUGUCGAUUUUAAAAAGCAUACACCUGUAUGUGAUUUAAAUAUUUAUCAAAAGUUUUAACUAUUCUGGAGGGGUAAUAUAAGAGGAACGUAUCUAGUUACUAAGUAUGCAAACAGGUCUGUAAUUUUGCAUGGGCAUUCGUUGUACUUCCCGCCUGCUUUGUUUUCCUGCAUCCAAACUAUCUUGAUGGUCUGUCUUUGUCCAAAUGUGCUGCUGAUCUCAACAAUUUCUGGUUAAGAAUGUAAUAAGAUGGUCCUGCAUAAACCAUAGUCAAGUGUGCUACUAUGUUCUUGAUGAAUCAAUUCGUAAGUGAAUGUUACAAUAUUGUGAAUAUAAAUGAUAACAGUAAACUAAAGACAAUGUGCUAAUCUGGUUGCGUUCCUCAUGCCUCUGUGUAUUCCUUCAGUUUUGGUGCAAGUAUGUAAUGUUAACUAUCAGUGCCCCUGUUGUGUAUUGCCACUAUUUUAUCUAUUUCUACUUCUGUCAAAAUGUUCUCCAGAUAAAAUAACUUGAGUAUUUUAGAAGUUGUUCCAUGCAGUUCUCUACACUUUUUUUUAGCAUGUUAUUCUGUGGCUUGUGUUUUUUUUUCAUUGCUUCCAACCAUUUUGUAACACCCUUUUUCAAGGUUAGACUUGUAUGUGUGCAAUUGUGUAAAUAGAUGUGAAUUAUAGAUUUUUAUUAACGUGAAU